CCCGGGCACGGGGGGGAGGAGGAGUAGGAGGGGGGUCUCGCCGCUCCCGAAAUGUCGCAGACUGCCAUGUCCGAAACCUACGAUUUCCUGUUUAAGUUCCUGGUCAUAGGAAAUGCUGGUACUGGAAAAUCCUGUUUACUACACCAGUUUAUUGAAAAGAAAUUCAAAGAUGACUCAAAUCAUACUAUCGGAGUGGAAUUUGGUUCAAAGAUCAUAAAUGUUGGUGGAAAAUAUGUAAAACUGCAGAUAUGGGAUACAGCAGGACAAGAGAGAUUCAGGUCUGUAACAAGGAGUUACUAUAGAGGUGCUGCAGGUGCUUUGCUUGUCUAUGAUAUAACCAGCCGGGAAACCUACAAUGCGCUUACUAAUUGGUUGACGGAUGCAAGAAUGUUAGCAAGUCAAAAUAUUGUGAUAAUACUGUGUGGAAACAAAAAGGAUCUUGAUGCAGAUCGUGAAGUUACUUUUUUAGAAGCAUCCCGGUUUGCACAAGAAAAUGAGCUGAUGUUCUUGGAAACAAGUGCACUAACGGGGGAAAAUGUUGAAGAGGCCUUUGUACAGUGUGCAAGAAAAAUACUUAAUAAAAUUGAAUCAGGAGAACUGGAUCCAGAAAGAAUGGGCUCAGGUAUUCAAUAUGGAGAUGCUGCCUUGAGACAGCUGAGAUCACCACGUAGAGCACAAGCACAAAGUGCUCAAGAAUGUGGGUGUUAAAGAAACAAAACACAAAAUCCCAAAUACUCACUUUAAAUACAGAAGCUGUACUUGCAAGUGGUGUUUGAAGAAACAGACAAAGCUUGAAGGCUCUGCAGUUUUUAAAAACAUCUUUCCACUAUCUACAAACAGAGCAUACCACAGCUGACAGAAAGGUGUACCGUGUGUUGUGCGGCAGGAAGGCUCAUGUGACACAAAAGUCUGCAAAGCAAACUUGGUAAUUUGGUGGGCAGUGUUAAGUCUCAUACCUGUAUGUGAACAUUUUUCAUUACCUAUUUUUGUUUCUUUCACCUCUUGUUUAAAGCAUUGCUAUAUACUGUAAAUAAUGUAACAGUAAAUUUACAAAGCAUGGUAUACUUACGUAUGCUGAUAGAAUGUUGCACUACAAGCAGUUUAAUAUUUUAUUUUUUUAUCAUAUAAACAAAUUUAACAGAGGUAGGCUUUGUCAUGUUUGUU